AUAAAUAUUCAACAAAACAAUUGAUUUAGAAUGUUUUGGAUUUUUUUAAUCGAAUGUUUGGUUUUUGGAAAUUGUUAACUUUAUUUACAUUUAUUUUCAACUUAAUUUUUCCAAUUGAAAAUAAACCAUCAGAAUGGCUACUAGAAAAACACACCACGAAAUGAAAGAAAAUAGAAUUCCAAUGGGGAAAAAGAAAUCUAGCGUGAAUAAACUUACUAAUGAUAAAAUCAAAAUAUUAUUAGAUGGUGAUUAUGAUAAUCAAAUUAUAUCAAAGAAAAGACAAACCAAAACUUAUAAAAAAAAUAAUAAACAAAAUGAACAACCUCUUCAAUCAUUAGAUAUCAAUUUGGAACUCAUUAAUACAUCAUUAACAAAAAAAAUAGAACUACCAAAACCAAAAUUAAGCACAAUUACUGAAUUUGAAGAAAAAAUAUCAACUAAAAAUGAAGUAAAAAUAAAGAAAAGAUCUGGAAAAAGUUCAAAUACAAAUAAAAUUAUGCCAGUAAAAAAUGAAAAAAUUAUUGAGCAAGAGACUAAGUUAAUUAGUGAUCCUAUUGAUGAUUUAAAUAAUACAGUAGAAAAUAUGAAAGCCACUGUUUCUGAAGCUCCGGUUGUACUCAGCCCAUUUGUUUGUACUACUCGUGGUCAAAAAUGGAAACCAAGUCCAAGAAAACCUCCAAAACUGUCUGAAUUAUUCGAAAAGUAUGAAGAUAAUAAUGUUGCAGAUAUAUACAGAAAAAAGCUUGAUGACAAAACAGUUGAACUUCAGCAAAAAGUAAAAUAUUGGACAGAAUUUUCUUCGGAAAAUAACAACAUACCUGAUUCAUUUAAAGAUGAGAUUGAUGUUGUUUGUGGUCAAACAAAAUUACUAACAACAGACAAAUUCAUGCAAAUGCGAUCUUUGAUUGAAGAAUUUGAUAAUAAAUCUGGAUCAAUGCCCAUAAAAACUGCAGAUUUAGAUGGGUUUUGGGAUAUGUUACUGCUACAGGUUGAAAAGUUAGAAAAGCAAUUUAAACAAUUGAUAACGAUGAAAGAAAAUAAUUGGAUUCCUUUUCAACCAGUUGCAAAAAAAACUAUUAAAAAAUAUGAUAAAAAUGAAAGAGUUUUACAAGUGAAAUCGAAAAUUACAGAGUUUUUAAAAAAUCAAAGAAUAAAAUCAAAAACCAUACCAAAAAAGGAAAUGACAGAAAGUCAAUCUCAUUUUCAUGAAAUGAAGUCCUCUAACAAUACUUGUUUGAUUUCCAGUACACCGACAUCUUCUAAUCAAAAAAAUAUUAGUUUUACUCCAGUGUUAUUAAAAACCUUAGAACUAUCAUAUGUUGCUCGUAGAUCUGGAAUGACUCCAAUAGUUCUAGCUAAACCACAUAUUUCGCCAUUAAAACCGGCUCUAAAAAAAUCUGAUCAAGAAAAAGGAGUCAAACGUAGAAAUAUACACUUUGAAUCUCCAAAAAAAAUUAAUGAUGAUUUUGUAACCCCUCAAAAUUCAUUUAAUUGUGAUGAUAAUGAAGAUAUUUUAAAACAUGUUCAAUCUAGAGUUGCUACACCUCACAAUAUACAGAAAACAAAUAACAUACCAAACAAAAAAAAUAGCAGUGCAGCUUCUUUAAGACGAUCUUCUAGAUUAGCCUCAAAACCAUUAAAAAAUUACAAAGUUUAACAUUUUUUUAUAAGAUUAUAAUUAUGAAAUUUUUUUUUUAAUUUUACUGUUUUACUUUGUCGACAUUAAGUAUUCUAUUUUAAGUAAUAAAUUUUAAUGUUUAAUUUGACAUAAUAUCCCUGUAGUUUUGUUGGUUCUUCAACAUUUCUAGAUAAACCAUGUAUUUCCUAUUAUGAUACCUGUAAUUUAAGUUUAUUCAUUUUUUUAAUUAGUAAAAUUAUGUGUGCCAUUUUUAUCAGUUUAUAAAUAUUUGUUAUCAUUUAAU